AUGGCACCUCCCAAGCCAUGGCAAGUGCCGUCGUCGUCAACAACAGUAACCCAACCAGCCGAUGCUGACCAGCAGGCUGACCCUCCUGAGACCACUAUCGCGCCCCUGCCGACAUCACCUACGACAAGUAUGUACCCGAGUGGGUACGGCAUGUACGGGGGAGGAGGAGGGGCCACGGGACUGUACGGUGGUGGUGGUGGUCUCUUUGGUGGCUAUGGAGGUGGUCUGUAUAGUGGAGGGGCUUACGGCUACCCUGGUGGGCUUAUGGGAGCCCCUGGACACCAACAGGACCUGUGGUUUACUCAAACGGCAGAGUCCCUCGGUCGAUUCAAUCAGAUGCUAGAGAUGCAUACCAUGUUUUUGGACCAAAUUUACCAUCAUUGUGGUAUGAUAUAUGCACGUGCCGGUGAUCUAGUGUCCUGGCUCAGAGGGGUACUCAACUAUGUGAAGUCGGGCAAGCUGGAGGAGAAGAAUAUCGAAUUGAUAUUAGGUCGACUCGGGCAGUCCCAUCGGACCCCUCAGGAUGAGCUCACUGCGAUCCGACGGCGCGUACGAGUGUUAGCAGGCUUCCUGGGUCGACGCUACAAGUUCUACAUUCCUAGGAGGAACUGGUGGCCAUGGAAGCAGAAAAUAGCGCAUCAACGGCAGGCCAUAUCUCGGAGGAGGAAACACAUAUGGCCACGUUAUAGCGAUCCAGAUGAGCAGAGGGCUGGCGAUAUACGGUCGGACCCGGGACCAUCAGUGCGGUUCAAGGUACAUGACAUGAACUUGUCACUCAAGAGGCUAUGGGUCUAUGGACGUCUUCUCAGGAAAAAGCAGUUGCAGGAUGCGAUUGACUGGAUGGAGGCUCUAUGCCGGCCUAGUGCCAAGCCAGUGAGGGAUCUGCUGUACCGUGCCCGUACGAGAAUGGUAGACCACCACGGGUACGACCCAGCUCGGCUGUAUAUAAGUCGGAUCUGGACCGAACGUGGUCCUAGGGUCAUGAGUAUACACCAACAGAGGGCUGGGUACUACUUUCGGAAGAAGAAACUGCAGAAUAUGAUGCAGUUGGUGGUCCGUGAGAUGCCGAUGAACGAGUACUUCCAUAAAGUAUACAUAAUGAAGGAAGUGCCGAGAUCUGUUACUCUGGAUAUGCGGAUGGCUCUGAGGGACGGCAGAGCCCCUAAGUCCUACGAGAGGGAAUGGGCACCGUACAUUACGGCUGAGUCCAGGAUCUGGCAUCGACGCGGCAUGCAGUUCGAGGACCACAUGCGGAGGUUCGACUACUACCAGACCAGACGGGAGUGGAUCGAUAAGUACGCCAGUAGCUUCCACCGGGAUGAGCAGGAGGCUCGAGAGGCCCGUGGUCUGCCACCAUUGGCCCCGACAGAGCUGUACUGA